UUGGAGACAGUUUGUUCUUCACUCACCUUUGGUAAAUGGGAAGGACAGAUUAAAUCCUCUCCAUUACUGAAAAAUUUUGUAACUACUAAAAUUAAGUAGUUUUACUUUACUAAGGUAGCAUUCAGAUAGGGACGAGUGGCGACAAACCACGGAAAGCUAUAUUAAAAUGACAACAUAACAAAUUUCCGAUAGGGCUCAACCCCUAUGAAAACCUUUUCUCUUCUUCCACACUUCUUGCUGCAAAAGGACUUUAAUUAGUUGAAAUUGAACCCUUGGCUCGAGAACAAAUGACGACCCGGCAUAUCCCUUGAGAAUUUUUAAACCAGAUUUUUUUUACAAAUUUAACACAUUUGUACUGUACCUUCAGGAUUUUGAGAAUUUUACUUUAAUACCGAAAUAAAGUAGGCAUGCAAAAGUGAGGUGACGACGACGACGACGCUAUUUAUUUUCAAUUCAAAAUUUGAAAGUAGUCUGACACGGGAGAGGAAGACAGAUUUAGUUUAAUUGAGAAUUAGUUAGUUAAACUAUUAUGGACGAAGAGUUGAAGGUUUCUCCAGGUAUAAGUAGUAGUAAGGGAAAUUGUAUACUUUCCCCACUAAAAAUUUCGAGAGAAGUCCAAUUCCCAAGUUUUCGGAGUCCGAGAAGUCCUCCGUUGAGGUCAAUAACCGAAGUGGAAUCUGUGAAAUGUGUGAUCGUGGGGGAUGCCGAGAUUGGAAAAACAUCUCUCGUGACCUCCUUCCUAUUUGAGGAGUUUAGCAAAAGUUAUAUGUCCACUGUGCGGGAUGAUUACACUUUUUGUACGACGAUGGCAGUUCCAGGUCGUGGGGGGAGGGUGGAUGUAGACCUGGACAUUUGUGACACUGGUGGACAGUCUUAUCUUGACCGACUUCGACCCCUCUGUUACGGGGACGGAUUAACCUCACCGACCGGCGUGACCAUAAUUUGUUUCAGCGUGGUAGUCCCAUCAUCAUUCGUUAGUGUUGUCAAACGUUGGGUUCCGGAAUUGAAGCGGCAUUGUCCCAACUUCAAUAAGAACAUGAAAAUCAUUUUGGUUGGGACACAGUCAGAUCUCCGAUCUAAUGUGAACAUAUUGCUUUCCUUGAUGGAAGAUGGACUUUCUCCCGUCUCAGAGGCACGGGCGAUGCGACUCGCAAAGAAAAUCGGGGCCGUAAAAUACAUCGAGUGCUCAAGCUUGAACGGUUUCAAUGUCAAGAGAGUCUUUGAAACCGCAAUUUACUCCAAUAUCAUCACCACCACCAGCACCACUCCUCCUUCAUCACCGCCCACACUUCGAACCAAUAACAUUGAUGGAACGGAUGUCAAUGUCAUGAUGACGCCAAAAUCAGACUUAGAGAUAACAAGCAAACGGACCCAGCCUGCAUUGGAAACUGGAAGAGUGGAACAAGCCAUUAUUCGAUCCACAAAUAAGCUGAAUAGUACAAAUGGUGAUCCCAGACUGUUCUGGAGACGGUGGCGUCUACGACAAAAAUCUAAUAAGAUUAAACGACUCAUGUUAUCAUGUCUGCAUUAGGUGAACUCAGAAUAUGUAAGAAGACUAAAAAUGGCCUUGGUUUGGUUUAUGAAUAUGAUAUGAAUUUAGUAGGGCCAGCCCAUGCACAAAAGGAUAAUCGAUUAUCCAUUACUUGAAAGUCACACAUUGUCAGUUUAACUAGUAACUGUUCAGAUUAUUUAUUACUAUUAUUAUAUCUCAUUUAUUUUAGGUUUUGUAGUUUGUAUACUGCUCCGGUUGAUAGUGAUAAAGUCGGUAUAAUAGCUAGAGCAUGAAUCUAUGAAUCUAUGCUGUAUGUAUGUAUGAUGGGCAAAAGCGAAUGGAAUGACGAAUCUGUCUCAUUCAGUGUAACUUUAAGGAUACAAAAUUGCAAAAUUCUCAAAAAAUAUUUAUAAAAUUGCUAAAAAAAACAUGAAAAAUAUGCAGUGUCUAAAAACUGAUAAGUGAUUGACAAUUGUUGUGGAUAAUAAUUUAUGUAAUUGUGAUGACGAUACGGUGCAGCUUUGAUAUGCAGAAACUUAACUUUGUUCUCGCAAUAUUGAAAAAGAAAUUGGUAGAAAUUAUGAUUAUAUAAUUAUCUUAAAUAAUGAGGCGUCUAAUUAAGGUUAUCUUAACUCUGUCCUCUCCGUUAGGAGAAAACCCAAUAUAAAGUUCUCGUCAUUAUGACUUGACUUGAGCCAGGAAGAAAUUUCUCAAAAAAAUGCAUUUUAAAAUUUUAAUGCAAAAACUGACGAAAUAAUUGUAGUACCUAUAAUUUUGAAAAAUUGCGAAACUAGAAUAAAAUCUUCUUUAAUCUGGUUUAGCAAUAA